GGAGAGAAAGAGAGAUUGUGAGAAGAAGUGUAUCAGAGGCCUGGAUGUGUGAAAAGUCAGGGGUCGCAUUUUUCGGUUCACCGGUUAACUACCAACACAAUACCAGAGCAAAUAUGAUGGGGAGGUUCUGAACUACAACACUCAAAGGAGAGAAUCCAAUCAUUUUGCAGUUCUAAGUUUAUUGAACUUUUAGUUUUGGACAGCGGUCCUCACUGACCACUGUUUUUUGCUGCAGUGGCAAUCACGGAAUGAGGCGCAGACACGCGGACAACUUCCCUCGUCUCCCCGGCGCAACGUUCCGCUCGACUGACCCGCGAUGGCCUUGGAGGCGGACGGCGACCGGGGUUCGUCGAGAAGUGCUCACGAAAAACAUCCCCGGGCGUCUGCGGAGCGCCACGGCUACGUGAGGACAUGUGUCACCCCGUUGCGCCGGGACGCGGGGAGCCACUCGUGGCACGCACUCGCCGCCACCUGGGCACGUCGCGGAGCGUCGCCCGCCGCGCUCUGCGCUGCCUCCGUCUCUGUUAUCCUCGCUCUGCUGCUCACAUUGGUCGACUGGGAUGCGGGCAGCGACGGAAAUAGCAGCGGCUCCGGCUCCCGUCUUCAUUUCGCGGCGGGCUGCGCUGCGGAGCUGCUGGUGACUGCGUGCUACUGCGUGCACCCGGCUUGCACACUCGCGUGUGCCUCCUUCUGGGGCGGGCUGUACCUCCUUCGCCGCGGGGCGCUCGUCCGCACCGCGGUUCUCCUGUUAGCCGCGUGCCUCUUGGGCGAAGCCGCGGCGCAGUUGGUCCUGCGCGGCGCCGAGGAGCAGCCGCUGUCCCACGCCGCCACCCUGGUAGUCCUCGGCUGCCUGGGCAGCGGGGCUUUGCUGGUCGUCCGGCUGCGUCGGGGAGUGUCCGUCGUCGUCUUCGUUAGCGUCAUCGGGGCAGUGUCUGUCGUCUCUCUGGGCAGCCCGCGGGCCAGCUGGAGACCCUACCUGGCCUACCUGCUGGGACUGCUGGGGGUUUUGCUUGCGAGGUAUGCUGACCGGCUGCGGCCGGCCCCAGGGACCAGCGGGACGGGGUGCUGUGGCUCUGUGACCGGGGCGAAGGAGGAGGACAUCCCUGUCUUCAAAAGGAGACGGAGGUCCAGCUCCAUAUCGGCCUCGGAGAUGAUGGAUCACAGUCAGAGCAACAGCAAGUCCCGCCGCAGGACUUCGCUGCCUUGCAUUCCGCGGGACCAGUCGUCGAGCACGAGCGUGGUAGUGGACAUCGCGGUGAUGGGCGAGGCCCGCGGUCUGAUCUCGGACCUGCUGGCGGACCCCUCGCUGCCCCCUAACACCUGCAGCUCUCUGAAGGCCGUCAGCAACCUCCUCAGCACCCAGGUCAGCCUGCAGCCCCUCCACCGGCUCCGCAUUCCUGCCGACACACACACCUGCUCUGACUCUGAGGAGGGGCCCGAAAAAGCAGAGAGACUGGCCAUUCCAAAGCGCAUAAGACGGAGUCUGCCCCCAGGAUUGCUGAGGAGAAUCUCGUCAACCUGGACCACAACCACCUCGGCUACAGGCCUUCCCACCUUAGAGCCGGGCCCAGUACGUCGAGACCGCUCGGCCAGCAUCAAGCACACCGCCGACAGUGAGUCGUGGAACAACUCAGUGAUGAUGACCAUCUCAAAGAGUCGCUCCAUGUCUGCCUCCUGCGCCGUCUCUGUCACGCCCAACCACCUCUACGGCAAACCCCCGGCAAGACCAGGUUUCCCCCUCUCCAACGAGUCCCCUCUGGGCUCCCCGUGCCCAUCUCCUCCUGUGCAGGACUCGCCUGUCUCCAGCCCCACCGUCGCAACGUGCUCCGUGCAGCUUCCUGAGCCGCCCGGGCCUCCGGCAGAGCGGACCCCGGACCCCGGGGCCCUCAAGGGCCACCACAGAGCUUUAACUCACAGCCAGAGCGCCCCGAGCUCCACCACCCCUUACUGGCGGCCUCCGUCACUCUGCGGCAGCUGCGGAAGGCCAUUCAACCACCGGCUGAAUCGCAGGGCAGAGUCUGCCGACAAAGGGGACAGAAUACCCCAUCCAGAUGAGCGCGCCGUAGCUUCCUCGGACUAUGACAGCACCUACGACAGCACCUUCGAGACCAACCACAGUGACAGCAGUGACUUCGCACAGAACGAAGAGGAGGGAGAGGCGGGCAAGAAGCUGCCUGAAGUGAGGGAGGGUUGCAGCGAGUAUCUGGCAGAGGGCAUCGUCCUUCACCCGCUCCUGCCCUCCCCAGAGGAAGGCAGUGAGAGGAUUCCUUUGGACAAACCGAGCUCGGCCGCGGAGCCUUUAGAGCUGCCAGAGCUGGAGCCUCUGAUGAGUCAACUCAACAACUGGAACUUUCCAAUAUUUAGUUUAGUGGAGAAGACUCAAGGCUUCAUCCUCAGUCAGGUUUCCUAUAAGCUCUUUGAAGACACAGGUCUAUUCGAGACCUUCAGAAUUCCUGUGCAAGAGUUCAUGAACUACUUCCAUGCUUUGGAAAACGGAUACAGGGUCAUUCCUUAUCACAACCGGACCCACGCCACUGACGUGCUACACGCUGUUUGGUACCUCACCACUCAGCCCGUACCGGGCCUGCCCACCGCUCUGACUGAGAAUGGGAUACACUCGGAGAACGGCAUGAACCCCGGUGCCGCGGGCUUCCUCGUGUCCAAGAUGAACUCUGUGCUGGAGGACGGCUACGGCUCGCUGGCUGGCCUUAUCCCCGGCCUGGAGCUCAUGGCCCUGUACGUAGCUGCCGCCAUGCACGAUUAUGACCAUCCGGGAAGAACCAAUGCCUUUCUAGUAGCUACUAGUGCACCACAGGCUCUUCUGUACAACGAUCGUUCAGUCUUGGAAAACCAUCAUGCAGCUUCAGCGUGGAACCUCUUUAUGUCUCGACCUGAGUAUAACUUCCUGGUUAACCUUGAACAUGUGGAGUUCAAGCGCUUCCGCUUCUUAGUCAUUGAAGCAAUCCUGGCCACCGACCUCAAAAAGCACUUUGACUUCCUUGCAGAGUUUAAUGCAAAGGUGGGUGAUGAAGGAGUGUCUGGUAUUGACUGGACCAACGAAAAUGACCGAUUGCUGGUGUGCCAGAUGUGCAUCAAGCUGGCAGACGUCAAUGGGCCGCUGAAGUGCAAGGAGCUGCACCUGCAGUGGACGGAGGGGAUUGUAAACGAGUUCUACGAACAAGGUGACGAAGAAGCAACCCUGGGCCUUCCCAUCAGCCCGUUCAUGGACCGCUCCGCCCCGCAGCUCGCCAAGCUGCAGGAGUCGUUCAUCGCGCACAUAGUGGGACCUCUGUGCUCAUCCUAUGACGCCGCUGCGCUCAUGCCGGGAUGCUGCGUCGACCUGCCCGAGGAAGAGGCGGGUCCGGAAGAAGCGGGGGAGGAACGCGACACGGAACAGGACGGCGUGACGGAUGAGGAGGCAUCCACGAGUUCUAACACCUCCCAGGAAAGAGAAACCAAAAAGGUGAGCCGGAGGAAAGUGUUCUGCCAGAUAACACAACAUAUUCUGGAAAACCACGAAAUGUGGAAACGAGUCAUUGCUGCAGAGGCCAAGGAAGAAGCGGAGAACGGAGACCCGAACGGCAUCGGCAGCCCGACUGAUCCAAUCCCGUCCAUUCACGAGGAGGAGGAGGAGCAAGCAAGCAAAGAGGAGUCCGUCGACGGUCUUGAUGGGAGCGAAGAGGUGCCGACUAUAGAGGAAGAAGAAAUCCUUCCGCAAUCAGAGACCUCAGGGGAAAAAGAGGAGGAUUCAGAGUGACAUUAUGAACUUUGACCUCCUAGAACUUGGAAAUUGAACGUUGUUCUGAAAAUGUUUGUUUCUUUCUUAACUAAACUCUUGAUAUGGUAGCCAGCACAUCACUUUGACACAACACUGUAGAAGAUCUUUUGGGUAAUAUGUGCCUAACAAAAACUGGGAGGACAGGGAUGAUGCAUGCCCAGUUCAUCUGAUGAGAAGAGAGGCCCAAGAGCUGAUGUGACACACAGUAGUAGUAGAAGAAGAAGAAGAAGCAGAAGCAAAAUGAGAAUGAUUGGGACUGCGCUUGUUUUUUUUGUUUUUUUUGAUGUGGUAUUCGUUUUGGUCCCGGAUGCGCCGCGCCCUGCCCUCACCCAGGCCGCCCGCGCCCACGCUCAGAUUCACCCUUCACCAGUGAGUAAUACACUGUCACCCUCCCGACCGCCUUUUUUGAGUUUCUCCCGCGUCCAUCGGCACACUGUAGGGCCCACCCAGCUGGUUAAGGAUGUGCAACAGGUCCUUUUCUCUUUUAAGACAAUGGGAUGAAAGCCGCACGGAAAAAGCUGCGUCCACUAAGGCCCAGCCGUGUGGAAGGAGAGGGGUGGGGAAAAAAAACAGGGGCCAGCUGUAGUCCAUUGUGUACACAAACGUACCCCGGGACGUGCUGCACAGAUACAAACACACAUGCAGCGACUGUAGAAACACGAUUCUCUCGCUCAGAUCAGAACCCUGUUGCUCUAAAGGCUUCAGAGCAUUGUUUCAUGGAAAACAAUGUUGGGACUUGGGUUUUCUCAAAGUCAGCCCAGCACAGCUACACGUUUCCAGGGCACGUAACUCAGGAAGGCAGAAACCCGUAGAGAAAAUGAAACAAAAAGGGGCACUCGCCUGUUUCCUUCCCCCAUUUUCUUGCCGCUGCUUCAAGAUUUUCUUUCCCUGAUAUUUGCGGCACUACUUGUUUAUUUACAAGUCCACUAAGACAUGCGAUCUCCUUUCCGAAGUACAAAGGACCCACAAGAGAAACUAGAUUAGUGAUCACAUUAUGCUGUAUAUCACAGUUCAUUUUGUGAGAUCAUAAUCCUUUCAUAAUUGAAUCAUGUUUAACUCUACACAGCUAAUAAGGUAAGGUUCACUUUUCUAAGAAAAUAUAAUCUUUGUCCACAUUUUCGCCACUUUUCCUACUUGUGCCAACUUACGUUUAUAGUAAUAUACUCAGCAUUGGCAAUAAAUAUCUCUUCUUUGCAAUAACAUUUAUAGCCUGGUAUGUAGGUCAAAUAUUUUAGAGAGUUAAGUAAUCCCUUAAGCCAGGCCCAGGCCAGAGCUGAUUCACACCUCCAAAUCAGACAUUUACAUUAAUAGGCAUAAAGGAAAACGCUUCCCUGUGGAGCCCACUGCCAUCCAGGAAGAUCUCAAUCACAUCCAAAUCACUCAAAUUUUAUAAAGUCAAGUGCUGUUAACUGUGAUAAGAGUUUUCUCCAUACUGGGGAAAUUACAGACAGCAAAUGGAAAAGCCAGAAUGAGAGAAGUACAAAUUUUACUUGCUGAAAAGGAGAUAAUUACGCUUUCUACAGAAACAUCGCAUUGAAAAUGACAUCUGGAUUUUGCAUGGUUUCUUUUAAAAGACGGCCGUGCAAUAGGGCAAAAGAUCAUAUAGGUCAGCUGACCUCGUUUUUUCCCCUUUGUAGUCCUUACUGACGAUGAAGUGUACGGGUUAACAAGCUCUUAACCUCUCCUCCUACCUCUUUGAUGUCCACAGAUUUAGAUUGGUGGUGAUGGAAAAAAAAGUGUGGACAAGGAGAACAGCCUCAGUAAUGUUACUGCUUAAUGAAAGAAGCAGGAGGAGAAGGAGGAGCUUCAGGCUUUAGCUCUUUUUCACAUUUCAGUAAAUUCCAUAAGAUGUAACUGAUUUAAGUUUGGUGAGAUUCAAAAUCAAUUGGUGAUAUACAUGUAUAUAUACACUUGACAAAGGAAUGUGAGCAUCAAUUAUCUGUACAUUUUAUUUCAUCUCUGUGGGAAAAAAGUUGUUUGCAACAUAACAUUUGAAAAUCCCAGAAAGAAAAGCCGAGGUUUCGCAGGAGACGACACAACCUCCGGGAAUUUGGCUAUUUCGUCUCCAUGAUCAUUCAGAAACAAAAUAGAAAACAGACAUUUGAAGCAAUGCGAGCUGCUGAAGGCGGAUAAAAGAUCGCUGCCUGAUGAAAAAAACAUGACCAAAAUUGAAACAAAACCAGAGCAUACGAUAGAAAAAUAAAAAUCUCUCAAGGAUACAAAAUACUUGCAACGCAACCGGUCUUUUUGACAUUAUUCAAAUACACUCAAUAAAAACUGGCAAAGCAAUUCAUUUAUCUGGAGUGUUUGAAGACACUACGUUCUGAACUACUGUGACCCAAUUUCUUAACUCAAUUAGAGCUAAGCUAACGUUAAUACUGUUUAAAUCCACAGCUGUAUCCAUUGCACUAUUAUCAAAGGUCCAUUGUGCAAAGGAGGGCUAAACCGAGCAAGGUAAUGCCAUUAACUGCUUAUUCUCUGUACUUAUUCGUACUGCGAUGAAAACAAAGCCUGUGCUCACCAAAGCCUGAGCUUUGAGAGGAAAGGCAACGUUUCAACAUGGUCAAUCAGUUCUUUAUUCACGUUAAACAUGGAAGACAUUAAGAAAAGAGACAGAAGGUUACAUUUUUGUGAAUAAAAAGAAAAGAAAAAAGAAAACUAGCUCAAAUAGAAUUUCUUUUUAAGUGGCGAACAGGGAAGUCCUAAGACCUUAUGUGUAAUAACUGAGAUUUAGAAAACUUUUGAAAAACGUUGUUUGAAGAGUGAUGCAGAAAAACAGAAUGCUGCUCCUUGAUAAAUAGUUUUAGUAGAGAAGAAGCAGACCAAUCACAAAUGAUCACCAAAGUAAAUGAUUACAAACAUGCAGGAACCCAAUAUGUCAUCACUGAAACCUGAGGACAACGGGG